UUUAUCGAAAUAUUGAUGGGUGACAUUUAAAUAAAUUUGUGCAAUGCUUUAUUAACAAUAUAAAUGUUCAAUGAAUAAAAACAUUUAUAACUGAGUAUAAAUAACAAUUGAAUAUAUUUUACAAAAAAUAACACAAUAAAAUAAAAGUACAAAAAAAUAGUUUUUCCGAUAGUCUUUACUGAUGCCGAUAUCGAUACUAUUAUUGCGAAGCUGACAACCCUGUUAUAUAUUCUAAGUGCAUUGUUCUGUGUUUUGAAUUGGUUUUUAACGCAAAUGCAAUACUAACAAUGGAAAUCAGCAUAAAGUGGAAAAUGUGCCGCACUUGUCGCCAAAAAGAAACCGAAGCCGGAUCCGCGUUCCAGCCGCUUUUUGAAUCCGGGGCCCAGAACCUAUUGGUCCUAUAUGCUGGAGUAGUUGUGGAACCGCACGAUGGAUUGCCGGAUCAGAUUUGCUCAGACUGUGUUGAGAGGCUAGAGGAUGUAGAUCGAUUCCUCAGUGAGUGCAAACAAUCUGACGAUUACUUGAGGGAUCUCGUCCGCCAGACAAUGUCCUCAGCAGUUGCUUUGCAUACCCUGGAAAUAAAGGAUCAACCAUCUGGACCGAGGAAGCGUGCCAGGAAGCAAAACAUUUCAGCGAGACUCAACGAAGAGAAAUCUUCAAUUUUUAAGACUGACGAGGGCCAAGUAGAAUCACCGAAAUCGAAAGACAAAGCAACAGAAGAGGAGUCAAACGAUUUUGAUUUGGAUGUUAAUGCUAAAAACGAAAUCAUCACUAUUAAUGAAGACUACUCCAUCAGCUCUUUGAAAAAAGAGUCUAUCGAUCACAAUGAUUUGGAAAUCUUAUCCCAGGAUGACACUGUAACUAUAGACAGUAUUCAAUAUACUAGUGAGGAAUCCCAAAAGUCUGAUUCGGCCAUCGAGUACGAGGUAGAUCUGGGUGUGGCUUGCGUGCCGGACAAGUUUAUAUGCCGUAUCUGUAGCAACACAUAUCCUCGCAUGUGUCAACUAACUGUACAUAUGAAGGUGCAUCGAACAGAAAAGAUUCACGAGUGCGAGGUUUGUCAAAAGUCAUUUAAAGCCGCCUGCAACCUUAAAACACAUAUGCGGAUCCACACGGGCGAAAAACCGUAUCAUUGUUCCUACUGCGUUAGGCGAUUUGCCGAUUCCAGCACUCAUCGCAAGCACGAACGUAUGCACACGAAUGAAAAACCAUACGCUUGCAAAAUUUGUGGUAAAACCUUUUCCCUGUCCACCUCUCGUAAGGCCCACUACCUUCUGCAUUCGUCUGAAAAGCCACACAAGUGCGUAACCUGCAAUAAGGCUUUCCGUCUGAAACACCAGCUUACGGCGCACGAGAAAACGGAUGCUCACCUCUUGGGUGUGUCGCUAGCUAAAGAGUACAGCGAACUCAUGGAAUAGCUAAUAAAGACAAGUGAUAAUUUAUAACAAACUUGGAUUUUCUUUGUCUCAUUAACUAGCGAAGUACUUGUAACUAACUUAAAUUAAAUAUUACAUUAGCUUUGAAUGAAGUCUGCA